UACAGGCAGCGGAGGCCGCGGCGGCCGGCGCGGGGAUGUCGAGGAGCUCGAAGGUGGUGCUGGGCCUCUCGUUGGUGCUGACGGCGGCCACCGUGGCAGGCGUGCAUAUGAAGCAGAGGCAGGACCAGCAGAGGCUUCGUGACGGAGUGAUCAGAGAUAUUGAGAGGCAAAAUCGGAAAAAAGAAAAUAUUCGUCUUUUGGGAGAACAGAUUCUUCUGACUGAGCAACUUGAAGCAGAAAGAGAGAAGAUGGUGUUGGCAAAAGGAUCUCAAAAAACGUGA